GAAGGAUUAGUUUGAAUCUUCACUCUUUCAAACAACCGUUAACCUCAAUCUUAAUCCUAAUCUGUGUUUGCCUUCAUUUCUAUUCUUAGUUUCAUUUGGUUUACAUUAAUCUCUUCCUAAUAAUCAUCAUCAUCGUCAUCACCAUCAUCAUCAUCCAAUAUUAAAAUUGUUCCUUAAUUCAAAGUCAACAUGGCUGAGAAAAAUUCACCGAAAAAGUCCAAAAAAAAGACUGAAUUAGAUGAUCUCAAACAAGAACUCGAAGUCGAUGAUCAUAUUAUUACUCUUGAGGAAUUGUGUUCUCGCCUUAAAGCAGAUCCGAUCAGAGGGUUAACCCAAUCCCAGGCUAAAUCUGUUCUUGAACGUGAUGGACCCAAUGCCCUGACCCCACCGCCAACGACCCCUGAGUGGGUCAAGUUUUGUAAACAGCUUUUCGGUGGAUUCGCUAUGCUCCUUUGGAUCGGCGCUUUCCUGUGUUUCCUUGCGUAUUCCAUCUCAGCUUCGACCACUGAACAUCCAUCGCCCGAUAAUCUUUAUCUUGGUAUUGUAUUAGCUGUUGUAGUUAUUGUCACCGGAAUAUUUUCUUAUUACCAAGAGGCCAAAAGUUCAGCCAUCAUGGAAUCAUUCAAAAGUAUGGUACCUCAAUAUGCUUUGGUAGUUCGAGAGGGUCAAAAGUUGACCAUUCCAGCGGAAGAAGUUGUCGUUGGGGACGUUGUUGAAGUAAAAGGAGGUGAUCGUAUCCCUGCCGAUAUCAGGAUUCUCUCUUCUCACCAAUGUAAAGUCGACAAUUCUUCCUUGACCGGAGAAUCCGAGCCACAAACUCGAAGUCCCGAAAAAACCCAUGACAAUCCAUUGGAAACUCGUAAUCUUGCCUUUUUCUCGACUAAUUGUGUUGAAGGAACUGCCACCGGAAUGGUUAUCCAAACGGGAGAUCGAACUGUUAUGGGCCGUAUCGCCAAUUUAGCUUCGGGUCUUGAAAUGGGACAAACUCCGAUCAAUCGUGAGAUUGAACAUUUUAUCCACAUUAUCACCGGUGUUGCCGUUUUCCUUGGUGUCUCAUUUUUCAUCAUUGCGAUCAUAUUGAACUAUCCUUGGCUUGACGCUGUUAUCUUUUUAAUUGGUAUCAUUGUCGCCAAUGUACCCGAAGGUCUUUUAGCCACCGUCACCGUGUGUUUAACCUUAACUGCCAAAAGAAUGGCUUCGAAAAAUUGUUUGGUCAAAAAUUUGGAAGCCGUUGAAACUCUUGGUUCAACCUCGACAAUUUGUUCUGAUAAAACUGGUACUUUAACCCAAAAUCGAAUGACAGUGGCCCAUAUGUGGUUCGAUAAUCACAUUAUCGAAGCAGAUACAACUGAAGAUCAAUCGGGUUUAUCAUAUGAUAAAUCAUCUCCAGGGUGGAAAACUUUAGCAAACGUUUGUAUGCUUUGCAGUCGCGCUGAAUUCAAGGGAGGCCAAGAAAGUGUACCAAUUCUGAAAAGAGAUACUUCUGGUGAUGCAUCAGAAUCUGCGAUCUUGAAGUGUAUGGAAUUGGCUGUUGGUGAUGUUCUUGGUUAUCGAAAAAAGAAUCCAAAAGUUUGUGAGAUUCCCUUUAAUUCAACCAAUAAAUACCAUUUAACUAUCCACCGACCUGAAGAUCAUGAUGGUUAUUUGCUCUGCAUGAAAGGAGCACCCGAACGAAUUUUGGAAAGAUGUUCAACGAUUUUCAUUGAUGGUAAAGAAAGGCCUCUGGACGCUGAGAUGAAAAAAGCCUUUGAAAAAGCGUAUAUGGAACUCGGUGGUCUUGGUGAACGAGUUAUCGGCUUUUGUGAUUUCAAACUACCAGGAGAUAAAUUUGGACCUGAUUACACUUUUGAUCCUGAUGAUGCAAAUUUCCCUUCGAGUGGUUUACGUUUUGUUGGACUUAUUUCUAUGAUUGAUCCUCCUCGAGCCGCUGUUCCUGAUGCUGUGGCCAAGUGUCGUUCCGCUGGUAUUAAGGUUAUCAUGGUUACUGGUGAUCAUCCAAUCACCGCCGCUGCGAUUGCCAGAGCGGUUGGUAUCAUUUCCGAAGGUAAUUAUACCGUUGAAGAUAUCGCUCAGAUGAGAGGAAUUCCAGUUAGUCAGGUUAAUCCAAGGGAAGCGACAGUUGCAGUUGUUCAUGGAGGUGAACUUCGUGAUCUCUCAUCUGAACAACUUGACGAUAUUUUGAAAUACCACAAGGAAAUUGUCUUCGCUCGAACUUCUCCCCAACAGAAAUUGAUUAUCGUUGAAGGUUGUCAACGAUUAGGUGCCAUUGUAGCUGUAACCGGUGAUGGUGUCAACGAUUCACCGGCUCUUAAAAAAGCCGAUAUUGGUGUUGCUAUGGGAAUCGCUGGUUCUGAUGUUAGUAAACAAGCUGCUGACAUGAUCUUAUUGGACGAUAACUUUGCCUCCAUUGUGACCGGUGUUGAAGAGGGUCGACUUAUCUUCGAUAAUCUUAAAAAAUCAAUCGCUUAUACUUUAACCAGUAAUAUUCCCGAGAUCUCACCUUUCCUAUUCUUCAUCAUUUUCAACAUCCCUCUUCCUUUGGGAACUGUAACCAUCCUUUGCAUUGAUUUGGGUACUGACAUGGUUCCAGCUAUUUCAUUGGCUUACGAACAAGCCGAAAGCGAUAUCAUGAAACGUCAACCUCGUGAUCCAACGAAAGAUAAACUUGUCAACGAAAGACUUAUUUCCAUUUCCUAUGGUCAGAUCGGUUUCAUUCAGGCCGCUGCGGGAUUUUUCACCUAUUUCGUGGUCAUGGCAGAAAAUGGAUUCUUACCUGGUGACCUUUUCGGAAUUCGUAACGAUUGGGAUUCCAAAGCUAUUAAUGAUGUUAAAGAUUCUUAUGGACAAGAAUGGACAUACAAAACUCGUAAACAAUUAGAAUACACUUGUCACACUGCCUUUUUCGUCGCCAUUGUUAUCGUUCAAUGGACCGAUUUGAUUGUUUGUAAAACAAGACGAAACUCUUUAAUCCAACAAGGAAUGAAAAAUCACGCUCUAACUUUUGGAAUCUUUUUCGAAACUGCCUUGGCUGCCUUUCUCUCAUACACACCGGGAAUGGACGUCGUUCUUAAGCUAUACCCUCUUAAACUCUCCUGGUGGUUCCCUGCCAUGCCCUUUUCUCUGUUAAUUCUCAUCUAUGAUGAGGCUCGACGUUUCCUACUCCGACGUAAUCCCGGUGGUUGGGUCGAACAAGAAACUUAUUAUUAAAACUUUUAUCGAGUUCUAAUUGUUUUCCUGUUAUGUAAACAUCGCAAUCGACAAUUUAAAGUUAUGAUUAGAUUUUCAAUUCUAGAAGGAGAACAAAGUGGAACAAAAAAGAGAACAAUUUUUUAGAAUAAAUAAUAAUUGAUUAUCGAUCAUCAAGCUUACCCCAUCUUCGUCUUUAAUUGGAAAGAUUUCGAAAAAAAAAGUAAAUUUAAUUUUCGAAAUGUUCGUAGAAGGAACAAAAAAGGAAAACGAAUCUUUUUUAAUCUGUCAGAUAUUCCAUUCCAUUUGAAAUCAAAUAACAAUCAACUGUUUUUAAUUUAAUUACCUUUACUAUUAGUACAAUCAACGAAUGAUGAUAAAAAAACAAUGAGCUUUUAAACAUUGCCGUUCAUUUGCCUAAGAUGAUUAAAAGAAAAUUAUUGAAACCAUUUAGAUGUUGAUUUAAAUUGUAAUGAUUACGAUCAAUUGUAAAUGGGAUGAGCUCGAUUGUUAAUUACUUUUUUCUAGUUCACUUGAUUUAAAUGUUGAAAGAUAAAUUAUAACCUAAAGAUUUGAGAAACAAAAAGCAAAUUGUAAUUGUUAACAAAUUGAAAAAUAUAAAAAGUUAAUACCUGA